GUUAGAGUGCGAUUUUGAAUAUUUUAAGUUUGACCAUUGAUUUUCUUCUUUGUAUCAACUGAACAUUUAAAAACUAUGGUACUAGAAAAUACCAAACGUGCUUCUUCUGGACUGGAUGAUAGCUGUAGUGAGCCAAGUUCGGAGAGUGAGACUGAAUUAGAAGACGAUAUACCCGAGAGAAGACAAGAUGCAAAUGUUGACCUACCAUCUGAAUAUUGGCAAAUUGGUAAAAUGGUCAAAUAUUUGAAGGGAGGGAAUCAAACAUCGACUAUUAUAUCACUUUGUGCGCUAAGAGAUAUGCCAUUGAAAACUGAAAUUUGUCAACUGGCCGUUCGUGAUGUCGGUGGGAUUGAAGUUCUUAUCAAUUUACUUGAAACUGAUGAAGUUCGUUGUAAGCUUGGUUCAUUGAAAAUUUUAAAAGAAAUUACUAAAAAUCCACAAAUUCGCAAAGCUGUCGCUGAUAUUGGCGGUUUACAACCACUGGUAAAUUUACUGCGUAGUCCAAAUCGUGAUUUGAAAUGCUUGAGCGCAGAAGUUAUAGCCAAUGUGGCUAAUUUUCAUCGUGCAAGACGUACAGUUCGACAGUAUGGUGGAAUAAAACGCUUGGUUGCCCUGCUCGACUGUCCUAGUUUAAACAGUGUGCCGAUGACAAGUGAAGUUGAACGUGAUAUCGAAGUAGCACGAUGCGGUGCAUUAGCUUUAUGGUCGUGCAGUAAAUCAAGAAAAAAUAAACUUGCUAUGAAACGUGCCGGCGUUAUAUCACUGCUUGUUCGUCUACUUAAAUCUCCACAUGAAAACAUGCUUAUUCCAGUGGUUGGAACUCUACAAGAAUGUGCUUCUGAAGAAAGUUAUCGUAUUGCAAUACGUACUGAAGGUAUGAUCGGUGAUUUAGUGAAAAAUUUAAAACGGGAUAAUGCUGAACUUCAAAUGCAUUGUGCUUCAACUAUAUUUAAAUGUGCAGAAGAACCUGAGACACGUGAUUUAGUUCGUACACACGGUGGUCUAGAGCCAUUGAUAGCACUACUAAAUAAAGAAGAUAACAAAGAGUUAUUGGCGUCUGCUACUGGAGCUAUUUGGAAAUGUGCAAUUUCCAAAGAGAAUGUGAAACAAUUUCAAAAACUUGGAACAAUUGAAAAGUUGGUUGCAUUGUUGAAUGAACAACCGGAAGAGGUUUUAGUAAAUGUGGUUGGUGCACUUGGUGAAAUGGCUAAAGAUGCAGCCAAUCGAAGUGCUAUACGUAAAGCUGGUGGGAUUGCACCUUUGGUAGCCCUGCUAACAAGAACAAAUCAAGAAUUGUUAACUAAUACAACUAAGGCUGUUGGAAAAUGUGCUGAAGAACUUGAAAGUAUGAGUAUUAUCGAAAGUUUAGACGGUGUACGCCUGUUAUGGUCCUUGUUGAAGAAUCCAAAUCCUAAAGUUCAAUCCUAUGCAGCUUGGGCGUUAUGUCCGUGUAUUCAAAAUGCAAAGGAUGCUGGAGAAUUAGUACGUUCAUUUGUUGGUGGACUUGAAUUGAUUGUCAGUUUAUUAAGAUCUAAAGACCCAGAAGUUUUAGCUGCUGUUUGUGCUGCUGUCUCAAAAAUUGCCGAGGAUGAAGAAAAUUUAGCUGUAAUUACUGAUCAUGGUGUAGUUCCACUGUUGUCACGUUUAACACAUACGAAAGAUGAUUGUCUUAGGUGUCCAUUAACUGAUGCGAUAGCAAAAUGUUGUACAUGGGGAACAAAUCGUGUUGAUUUUGGUAAUUGUGGUGCAGUCACGCCUAUUGUUCAAUUUCUUAAAUCAUCUGAUCCAAAUGUUCACAGAUCAACGGCUAAAGCAUUGUUUCAACUAAGUCGUGAUCCAAAUAAUUGUGUUGCAAUGCAUCAAGCAGGUGUAGUGAAGUAUUUAUUACAAAUGGUCGGUUCACCAGAUCCAGAACUUCAAGCAGCCAGUGCUGGUUGUAUAAGUAAUAUUAGACGAUUAGCAUUAGCCAAUGAAAAAGCCUAUCUAACUAAACUACAAGAGAAUAAUAAAAAUGAAACUAGUAAAAAACAAGCUACACGAAAACUGAAUAAAAAUAAAGAAUCUGUUAGUCCAGCCCAUCAGCAACAAGAAGAUGAACAAAAUCAACAGAAGCAAAAGAAGAAACAAAAACAACCAAUUGAAAGUGAUCAUAGUGACAAGCAUUUGGUGAAUAGUAAAGAUCAAACUAAUGCAGAUGACACAGCGGUUGGGACAACACUUGCUGAUACAACACAGGCAACAACUGGAGAAUCACAAACAUCUGUUGAACCAACAUCGACUGAUGAAGUCCGCCCAGAUAAAACUAGAGUAUCUCCGAGAUAGGCACAUCUAAAUAUCUAAUGCAUCCACAGAUAUCUUUAUCUUUAAUCCGAAUUCUACUUUCAUGCUAUCAUGCAAUUAAAAUGAAUAUGCAAAAACCAAGUAGGAAGUAAAACCAAAAACAUGAAAAGACUAAAACGACUCUAUGUUUAAUUUUAACAUAAAUAUGUAUGUAGAUAUUAUUUCUUCAUACCUAAGUGAAAAAGAAG